AUGGCUGAGGCCUCGCUCCGAGACUCGGAAGCCACACCUUGCCCCAGUGUUGUGGAACUGGAGGAGCUCCUGAGGGCAGGGAAAAUCUCUUCUUGCAACCGGGCGGAUGAAGUUUGGCCCAACCUUUACAUCGGAGAUGCGAUGGAUUCCCUGCAAAAGCAGGACCUCCGGAGACCCAAGAUCCACGGAACAGUCUCUGUGUCCCCAUACCAGCCGCCCACACUGUCCUCCCUGCAGCGCCUGCUGUGGGUCCGCCGGGCCACCAUGCUGAGCCACAUCGACGAGGUCUGGCCCAACCUCUUCCUGGGAGAUGCGUACGCAGCCCGGGACAAGAGCAAGCUGGCCCAGCUGGGCAUCACCCAUAUUGUGAAUGUUGCUGCGGGCAAGUUUCAAGUGGACACAGGUGCCAAGUUCUAUCACGGAAUGCCCUUGGAGUACUAUGGCAUCGAGGCUGACGACAACCCCUUCUUUGACCUCAGUGUCUACUUCCUGCCUGUCGCCCGAUACAUCCGAACUGCCCUCAGUGUUCCCCAAGGCCGCGUGCUGGUCCACUGCGCCAUGGGGGUGAGCCGCUCGGCCACUGUCGUCCUGGCCUUCCUCAUGAUCUACGAGAACAUGACGCUGGUGAAGGCCAUCCAGACGGUGCAGACCCACCGCGACAUCUGCCCCAACUCGGGCUUCCUCCGGCAGCUCCAGGUGCUGGACAACCGACUGGGGCGGGAGACCGGGCGACACUGA